AUGUCGGCAAUGGGGUUAAGGAGUCGACCGUCAAUUGUGCAUGCUAAGCCAUCACAAUCACGAAAUUUUCCAUUUGUACAAAGAAGUGGAGAUGGUAUUGUCAUGCCAGCUUGUUAUAGUGGGCAAUUUCAGCAAACUACGCCAGCAGCAACAACGAGUGGUUCAAUUGGAGGAAAUGCGGCGAUGAGUGGAUAUAAUUAUUAUUCGAUGACAGCUUAUUAUACAACAUCAGUUACACAGACUACGCCAGCAGCAACAACGAGUGGUUCAAUUGGAGGAAAUGCGGCGAUGAGUGGAUAUAAUUAUUAUUCGAUGCCAGCUUAUUAUACAACAUCAGUUACACAGACUACGCCAGCAGCAACAGCGAGUGAUUCAAUUGGAGGAAAUGCGGCGAUGAGUGGAUAUAAUUAUUAUUCGAUGCCAGCUUAUUAUACAACAUCAGUUACACAGACUACGCCAGCAGCAACAACGAGUGGUUCAAUUGGAGGAAAUGCGGCGAUGAGUGGAUAUAAUUAUUAUUCGAUGCCAAUUUAUUAUGUAGCAUCAGUUGCACAGGUAACUACUACGACGCUAUAUAAUCAAGCAGGAACGAUAUACGGUGCAAGUGGAAUCAUUGGACAACCAAGUGGAUACGGUAUUCCGAUGUCUGGUUAUUAUCAAAUGCCGCAGAAUCCGUCCACUGUAAAUAGACAAUAUGGCUCUGGUAUGUUUUAUGGUCAACAACCAGUUGUUUAUCCAUCUGUUGCACAAGCAACUGCAUAUUCUUCAUUCCCACGAACUCAUGAACAGAUGUCAAUCUGGUCUGUUUGGAAUGAAUGGUACAGUCAGUCAAGAAGUUAUGUUUUACACAACAAUGAUGAAUAUCCACCUCAUCAAACAUAA